AUGGAUGAAGAUGAAUUAUAUGCCUAUGGUUAUAAACCUGUUGCCUUGUCUUGUUCUGAAAUUAAGCCUUGCAGUCCUUGUAAGGCCUCUUCUUCCACGGAAGGCAGCUGUGCUUUUCAUUCAGUUUGUGGUUCCAAUUCCACCCCAUCUCGGGAUGAUGAUGAUGAGGGAGAAAGCCAUGAACUUGAUGAGAUCAACAGCCCAAAGAGCGACUCUGGCCCAUCAAUUUCUUCACCAUCCUAUUUUGACUGCAAUUUGUGCCUGAGAAUGGCAAGAGAGCCGGCGAUGAAUUCAUGUGGCCAUUUGUUUUGUGCGAUUUGUUUCCAAAAUUGGUUGCAGAUCUUCUCCCUCGCUCAUCCAGAGUGCCCUAUUUGUAAGAGUGAUGUGUCUCCCUCCCUCCUCCAUCACUCUGAUUCUGCAGCCUGCCUCUACCUCCUCCGAGACACUAGUAGGCCACGGAGACCUCAGUUCUGGCUUCAAUGCACCACCACCAAGUCCAAAGAGUGGACUUUGUUUAUGAAGUUUCAAUUGACGUAA